CACGCGCCCGCAUUUACUUGCCAGCCCUCGCUUGACUUGAUGCUAACGGUUACCACCAACUUUGUGGCCAUAUGCGACUGAGACUUGCUAAGACUGACUGCUCGGCCGUACUGUGUCUGAAUCGCUACACUUUGGUGCUCUAUCUUUGCACAGAUCCAACGGUGUUGCCUCAUCACUGAUUAUGUUCCUGCCACCAAAACUAUUAAAUCAUGCCGCCUGUUAAUCAGCCCUGGCGGACUCCAACUGUUGGCGUGCAAGCCCCUCAAAUCGCCAGCGAGUACUCCACUCAGCCAUACAGCAGAGUUGAUGGACCCGACCGUGAUGGCCGCAAACGAAUAAGAAUAACCCCAAUCGUUUCCGCGCCAGACCCAUGGACCAGACAGCUGGAGCGGGAAAGUGCAGGACCAGGUCAUGCGCUUGAUAUGGGAUCAAUAGCUACGUCAGGUACUUGGGGCUCUACAGCGAAACAGGAGGCAGAAGAUUCCACCAUCGUCGAGGAUUUACCGGAAGAAGAAGAAUACUACUCUGAUGUGAGCAACGGUUCUCCAGAUGCCAUGGAAAAGGCAGGGUUGGAGCUCGAGGAGGGAGACGACUUGCUUCAAGAAGCUCCCAUGAAUAGACCUAGCAAGCUUGGGACAAGCCGAGUUACCGAGAUCAUCAAUGAGUGCAUUGAGAUGUAUGCCCAAGCUUGGAGGCCUGGAAAAGACAAAACGAAGCCCAAGGAUGAGAAAGGAAAAGGCGAAGUCCCUGUUGUGUACGAUCCAGUCGCAUUAUGGGAAGAGGCAGAGGCCGCUGGACAGCGGGAAGAGCUUGCUGAAAAGUACGACAUGGAAGCAGAAUACUACCGGCAACGCCUCGACAAACUCUGCGAUGAGAUCUUCAGAGACCCUGGUGACACAGUAGCUGGCGUCAAGAUGAAAUGUCGAAACCUCGAGGUUACCGUAGAGUUACUCGAACGUGCAGGAUGGCUCGCACUGAUAUACAAAGAACCGCCGAAAGACGCCACUGACGAUGACUCGCGGGAAGAAGAUCAUGCCACUUCCAUUGGGACGGCUCCAUCAACUGCACAACCAGUUGGCUCUACAAUCCCACCAAGUUCAAUGGGCGGAUUCAUGGAUCUUGGUACGCCUCCAGAUACGUCGGAUUCCGAGGAUGACGUUACUCCACUCAGUGACCCACCCAUAACGCCUGCAAAAAGCAACAACAAGCUAGCACCGAGUAUUCAAACUCACUUGUUAUCGUCAGAUCCCGUUGUUGUCAAUACCAUAGAGACCCCAGGCCCUGCGGUAGCAGCGACUACGCCCACUGCUGUGCGCUCGCGAGCACCGCUUGGAGAUGCGCCUGAGCAUGCGUCUAUGUCCACAGUGAGUCGUUGGAAUUGGUCCCAGCUGAAGGACACGCAAGAUCGAAAACGAAUUGUGUCCAAAGUAAUCCAUGAGCUGAGCUCGACAGAUAGAGAGAUGAUCAGGCAGAGACUGCAGAAAGUCGGCAGAGCGAAUGUGGCUCGAGAGAUCCCAAUGUGCGUCGCCCUGCUUCUGCGCGGCGACAAGAAGAUGCCAGGAAUCUUACCACAAGACCAACCAAAGAUUGUUACUCUUAUGAGAUUGUUCCUGUGCUGGUGGCUGUGCGGCAACUACUUUGUGGAAGAACCAUCUGGAGAGUGCCUCGAAGAACUGGCAAGUUGCCUAAAACAGAACUCGCCAGACCCCACGACUUUUUGCGACUACCUCGACACGGUCCUAAACACGACGUUCAGCCUCGAAGCUUUGAGCAAUCCAACAAAGCCCUCACAGGCAGAAAUCAUCGAAAUUUCUGACGACGAUGAACCCCUUCCACCGCUUCACAAACAGCGAAAGAGCAAUGUCGACAAACCUGGAAGCUUGCAGAAAGGUCCAACGAUUGUCAUUGACUGA